CUCCACUCGAUCAAUCCGGGGCCAGCUCGUCGAACCAGGAGUCACCAACAGGACACAGCAGAAAGCAGAAAACUUCGGCAGAGAUAGCUUCGGCGCCGCUGGACCAACCCAGGGCCAGCUCAUCGAACCGGGAGUCAGCAACAGGACCCAGGAAUCACCUGGAUAUUCCAGCAAAGAUAGCUGCGGCCCUGCGGGAUCAAUCCAGGGCCAGCUCAUCGAACCGGGAGUCACCACGUAGUCACCCAACACGACAGACAUCACGUAAGCCACGAGCCCCGAUACCACAGGACGAGAUCACAGAAACCCCGACGACGGACUACCAACUGGAGCCAUUAGCCGACGCCGAGAUAGCUCGGGAACGCAACCCGUUUCGCCCAGCCGACUCGGAUGACAACGAGAACACGAUCUUGGCCACCAUUACCGCCCUGGAACUGGAGGACCUAUCGCCGUGGCAGCAAGCCCUAUACCCCACAACAAAACCCCACGGAACGAGCCAACAGGACGAUCAAAACCAUGAUCGCCCAGUACAUCGAUGGAGACCAGCGGACAUGGGACGAGCUGCUGCCCGAACUCAGCCUAGCCAUCAACAGCAGCACAUCGGACACCACAGGCUUCAGCCCAGCAUUCAUCGUACUCGGCCGGGAACCUCGGUUGCCUGGAGCCUUGUAUGAAGAGGCGACCCCAGGACUAGCCGAAGUGACAGAGAUCCCAACCAACAAGGCCAAGCGACUCAAGGAAAUCUUCGCCAUCGUACAAGAAAAUACCCAGCAGGCAUAACAGACCCAGAGCAGGACCUACAACCUACGUCGACGCGAAUGGAGACCCACGAUCGGGACGCUCGUGAUGCACGACUCCAGAAGCAUCCAGGAAGACAACGACGAACGGCCGGACUAGCCGACCUCAAGGCCUACCACGACAACGAGCACACACUCACCAGCGAAGACAACGAUGACGACGACCCCAGCACCAGGAAAACCAUCCCACAUGGACAACCCAAGGACGAGCGACGCACAGCCUCUAGAGGCAGAGGAUGGCACGGAGGGGCAUCCUAGGGUUGCGUCGCCGCCCAGCUCAAGGCAACCACGGUCCACGACCAGCCAACCACAAGCAAGACACCACUCCCCGACCCCGCAAGCAGAACCGGGCAACACCACGCAGCAUGGACCAUCAACAGGAGAACCCAAACGGCCCGAUCCCGGACACCAGCUGGGACGACGGGUGGCACGCCAGACUGCAGGAGUGGGACGCGCAGGAGGAGGCGGCAGCCCCGGAAAGAGGGGAGAAUCCCGAUUGGCAGCCGCUGGAUCAUGCACCAAUGAAGUGGCUAUCGCCAGUUCCCACCGACCACAACGCCCCGAACCCGGAACCGAAGGAGGACAGCGACCUGUCAUUGGGCUUGGAAGAGGCAGAGGCGGGCGGACUGCUCACAGCGUUCGAGGAGAUGCCCGAGCUAAACGCGCUGCAGGAGGAGCAGGAAUGGCCAAUCGCCCCAGUCGCCUGGCGGGUAAGCACGCCUGACCGCCGCAACCCGCAAAGCCUGCUGGAAGGCGCCAGCGCUCAGGCAAACGCGGCGCGUCACGGGCGCAGCCGGAUCCGCAGCCUAGAACACCACCACGGCCAACGCUUCCGCGUAUGCAUCAGCGGAAAUUUGGUGCGCAUUUCACCGCGCCCCACCCCGAAGUAGGAAGGGAGUGUGAAGGCAUAAGCCUCCACAACACUGACCACGACACCAUCCCCUGAAGGGACCGCCCCGACGGCUUGUUAUCUAAUUUCAUUAUUAUCUCAGUUCAUUAUCACUAUUAUCCGAUUUUAUUACUUCUAUUAUUAUUAGUAUUACCAAUCCAAGCAACAAUGAAUCCUUAUUUUCACUUAUUUCGGGCUAAGAGGAGGAUACUCAAAAUGAGUAUCG